CCACAACAGAUAAUUCGCUCCAAUGGGUUUGCGUAUGUUACUCCGACGCGCGGCGAGGCAUGGUCUAGCAACAUCCAAAAACUCUACUGUCAUAAUGAGCUUACUCGGGGUGGCUCGACUAUGGGUGGACUCAAUGUGGUCAUUCGAGUCGCAGUUAUCGGGGACCAAGGCAGAAAACACCUAGGCAUCUUACGCAAGCUCGCGCGUGGCGCAACCUGUCUAUUGACGGAGAAUCAUGUUGUCCCUCUCUGGGGUGAGGCACGGCUUGAGGACGUAAUCUUCGUGAUAUCGCCAUACAUUGGUCACAGUAUGGAUGAAUGCUAUGGCGGUUGGCCGAAGAACGCUGUCGGGGACAUAGUCGAUAUGAUCGUACAAGCACUCGAAGCGAUUGCCUUCGUCCAUAGCCUUGGCAUAGUACACAGGGACUUAUGCAAAUCAAAUUAUGUCGUUCAGUGGCAUCCGGAGUCUCUAUCGACUAUGAAGGUCCCCCUUUCCCGCCCACGCGCAUUUCUGACCGACUUUGAGAUGGCCCACGAGUUCCCUACGGAACUCUCUUCUGACGACCGCUUGCUGACCGGGUCCCCGGUCGAGGAUUACCAACGUCCAGCCCCGCCCGAAAUGACUUCUGGAGAACCAUACGACCCCUUCAAAGCCGACAUAUGGCAACUUGCCGAAAGCUUCUCGGACUUCAGGACCACCGUCUCCGAUAUCGAUGAAAUCCUUGCGGAGAUGUUUUCACUGGAUGUAUCUCUGCGACCGACUGCGGCGGAGGCUCGUGACAAACUGGCAGCGAUUGUCCACAGGAUACCGCCCAUAGAUCUUUUGAUUCAGCCCCGCUUGUUAAAGCCCUUGCCGAACCUGUGAUUCUACGGGCGUAUGGUCAAAUUCGUCGUAGUUUGCACAUCUCCAUUGGUUUGUAUUGUACUUUGG